AGCUGCUGCUCGCAGCACACGCUUCUGCUUUCACAAACUGAGCCGCACACAUCGGGAGAAAGUUGGAGGCAGCGCAGGCACCGAGGGCUCCCUCCUGCUCCAAGGCUCUGGGAAAGCAGCACCUUGCUCAGAUUGUCCUCAGGAGGUGGGAAAACUUUGUCCCUUAUGGAGCCCUGCUGACCACUGUCACCAACCAAAGAUCCAGAGUGCGUAAGACCCCCCCGGGACCUGACCCCAUGGUUGCUCAGAGGAAAGGAGAAGGCAGGAGAGGAAAAGGGAGCAGCUGAGACCCACAAGCCGUGGGAGAUUGGCUCCAGCACUGAAGUGACAGAUGGGGCCAACAGGCACAAGCGAGUCACAGGGCCACAUCUUUCCCUGGACUGUGUCAUUCAAAGCACACAAGGCUGAACACAUGAAGUGACUCUGCAAGGUCACCAUAGACCCCAGGUCACUUUGGAAAGGGCUUUAGGGCUUCCUGGUCAAGGCUCACUCCAGGUAGCUUUGGAGCUGGGGAGAGCAGGACUGCCCCAUCCGUAUGACUGCACUAUGGAGCCAUGUUCCAAUGAUACAAAUUCUCAAAGCACAAUGGAGCUUCCCCUGCAGCUCCUGGUUGGGUCCUGCCUCACCAUCCUCAUCGUGAUCACUCUCUGCGGUAACAUCAUCGUCUGCCUGGCCGUCACCCUGGACCGCCGGCUCCGCAGCCUGACCAACUGCAUCAUCGUCUCCUUGGCCAUCACAGACUUGCUGCUGGGCCUCCUGGUGCUGCCUUUCUCUGCCUUCUAUGAACUCACCAAAGAGUGGCCCUUUGGCAGCACUUUGUGCAAUAUCUACACCAGCCUGGACGUCAUGCUCUGCACAGCCUCCAUCCUCAACCUCUUCAUGAUCAGCCUGGACCGCUACUUUGCCGUCACCACGCCGCUGCGCUACAGCCAGCUGGUCACUUCCUCCCGGGUGACUGUGGGUUUGGUUGUUAUCUGGACCGUUUCACUGAUGGUGUCCUUUCUACCCAUCCACCUGGGCUGGAACACCAACGGGACAGCAGUCCAAAACACGGUCUCCGGCUGCAACAAGGAGUGCACGCUGGAGGUGAACCCUGUGUAUGGGCUAGUAGAUGCCUUGCUCACCUUCUACAUCCCUUUGGUCAUCAUGUGCAUCACCUACUACCGGAUCUUCAAGAUAGCGAGGGAGCAGGCCAAGAGGAUAAACCACACAUGGUGCUGCAGCAGCAACGCCCCCAUGCCACCCAUGGUCAAGGAGCACAAAGCCACCGUCACGCUGGCGGUGGUGCUGGGAGCGUUCAUCGUGUGCUGGUUCCCCUAUUUCACAGUGUUCACGUACCGGGGGAUGUGGGGGGACGGCAGAGUGAAAGGCACGCUCAUGUCCAUUGUCCUCUGGCUGGGCUACACCAACUCAGCUCUGAACCCCAUCCUGUACGGGACACUCAACAGGGAUUUCCGCAUGGCAUACAAGCACCUGCUGCACUGCUGGAGGACAGGGGGCCCCAGGAGCUCCGAGGAGGCCCAGGACAGGGGCAGGAGCUGCAGGCACAGCCAGGACAGGCAGGAGGGUAAGCCCCUCAAACUGGAGAUGAGGAACGGGAAGGGGAUCUUGUUGACUGAUGGAGCCCUCGAGAGCACCGGAGCUUCUCCAUGAGUCUCAGCCAGCCUGCUGCCCUAGGACCCAGGUGUCCCAGCCUUCAGCUCCUGGCUGCCCACUUCCAAAAUCCUGUGAGGCUGAAAGGAGAACACUCAAUUUUCCUCAGGGAGAAACUCGAGGGCAGAAGCGAGGGCUAUAGGGAUCCCUGCUCUGGCACACAGCAUUUGCUCCAUACCCAAAAGCUGAUGGAGAGGCCUUUGCCUGCCCAAGUUUCUUCCCAGGAGGGUGGUGUGUUUGAAGAGCCCUUGGGGGGGCUGCAGAAGAACCUCUCCCCUGCCCCAUCGGGGCCAUGACACCUCCAGCCUCGAGCCCCACACCAGCAGGCAGUGGUACCCGAGGAGCUGGGUUGGAAGCCAGCACAUGCCCCUGGCAGGCAUUAUUAGGGCUGUCCCUGCUCCCUGGGUCAGCUUCACACGCCCUGUCCCGGGCCACUGCAAGAAGGAGAGAGGCCUUAGAGCCUGCUGGGCCGUGGGGAGACACAAAGCUGCUGGGGGCUGUCCCCAGGCUGUGCCCUCCCCAGCAGCUCAACACUAAGACUGCCAAAACAGGAUGUUUCUGCGCUGAGUCUGUGCAGAAGUCAUCAAUGGUAUAAAAACCUA